AUGGAGGAAGGAGGUAAUGUUAUUGACCAUUCAAAUAAAUUUAAUGAGUUAGUAUCUCGACUAUUGAAUACAGGGGAGAUGAUUAAUGAAGAAGAGCAGGCAUUGUUCUUGUUGGCUUCACUAUCCAGAUCCUACAAACUACUGGUGCAGUCAAUGCUAGUAGGAAAAAGCAUACUACAAUUAAAUGAGGUGAUGAAGAUUUUGAAAGAGAAUCAUCGGAUGAUGGAAGAUGAAGAUUAUCCUGGAGAAAGUCGAGUACUAACUGUGGAGAGUUCUAAGAGAGGGAGGAAGAAGAGAGGUGACCAAUGUGAUGGAAGAUCAAAAUCUCAGCCAAAAGACUUUAGCACUGUUGAGUGCCAUUACUGUAGAGAGUUUGGUCACAUCCAGGUUUGCUACCCAAAGUUCAGGGAGGACUUAACAAGCAUGAAAGAGUUGAAGGAUAAGUCAAAAGGUGAUUCUUCCUCCAUACCAUUUUCAGCGAAAGCAAUCCAACCACCAUGUCUGAAAUCCCAAAACCACGUCGUUCCAAUUCCCGGCCCCCCACCAGAAGAACAGCAUCAAGAGCCAAAAGAGGGCCAGAACCACGUAGUUCCAAUUCCCGGUCCCCCACCAGAAGAACAGCACCAAAAGCCAAAAGAGGGCCAGAUUUUCUCUCCGUCUCCAGUAUUGGAGCACCGGCGGGGAUGGGAGGGCAACGACAGCAACACACUGAUCGUGGUGGCGACUCUGAUCACGGCGUUAACGUACCAGUUGGGAACCAACAUCCCUGGUGGCUGCUGGCAGGACGACGAGCAUGGUCAUGUGGCGGGGGACCCCAUCAUGCGCGACAAGCACCGGAAGCGGUACUGGCUCUUCAUGACCGCCAGUUGGGUGGGCUUCGGCAGCUCCAUGCUCAUGACGGUGUACCUGCUCACCGGAGUGCCGGUGGAGUCUCGCCGGGUCCGGUGGCCGUUCGUGGUGGCUUACUCCAGCCUCAUGUUGACCUUCAUCACCUCGCAGCCCAGGACUUCGCUCGCCAUGGACCUGGCCCUGUGGGUCUGCCUCCUGCUUUUCCUGUGGGUUGCCAUCAGCUUUAAAAACUGGGAAGAGAGAGUGAAGAAUUCAUUCAAGAGGACCCCUUGAUGUAGAUGAUAACCGAACAUGAAACUUUUGAGGCUAGCUAAGAGGACUUUGAGCCUGCCGAUCGGUAUACAUAGAUACAUAUUGGUGUGCACAUUCCAUUCUAGUAUGUAACAGGAGAGAAGAAGGAAACUAUGUGCCAUGAGGCGGUGUUGUGUUGUUAUGAUUAUUAGGACCAUACAAUGGUAGUCUAUUUCAAAAUUAACCAGUUGAAUAAAUUUUUUCCUGGGAAAUUGUCAAGUAAUGGCUACUUUUAUGCUUUGAUAUAUGCAAUCUUGUUUCCAUUUGUUUUAUUUGGAAGCCUCUAC